CGACACAGGUUUUGAGGCUUAUGGCACGGCAGAAGCUUAAAAUCGACGUUCUGCCCUGGGGGCGGUCGUCGUGGGAGCUUCAGCCUGACCUCCUGUGGACAAGCGACAACUAUACUGCACAUCAUCACGCAUAUACGCGCACGACUAGUCCACGUACGAAGACGCGACGCGAUACAGGAGUAUGUUUGAAUCGUGACCGGUGCUGCCCCUACUCCGCGCCAUGGAUGCGGACAAGAUUCGAGACGUGGAGAGGCUGGCUAGGGCGGUCUACGCGAAAUGUCGCAAUUGCGAAGGCGAGUACAAGACGUUUACAAAUCAUGUUCGGGCCGUGCAGAACGGCCUGCAAGACGUCGACGAUACGCUUGCUCAAAGUCCUGCGGACAUUACGAUCAACGACGACCUAAACGGUAUCAUUGUUACCUGCGAAAGCGCUCUCCAUGAGCUUGCGGACCUAGUCGACAAGUUCAACAGCCUGCCACUCCAGGCGCAACGAACCUGGGAUCGAAUGAGCUGGGGUCAAGCCGACGAGAUCAGCCUGCGGCAGCGUCUUGGCCAACUUCCAUUGCAGCUUGAGUCGUUAUGCAACAGGCUACGAGAGUCGCCCACGGCGCAGAUCGACCGCGCACUGCAGGUCCUCGCAAGGGAAGUCUCGAAUGGACGACACGAAACCAUGACGGCCACGUCCCUGAGUACCACCGCUCUCGACCCGGAUGACGACGCUGGCUGGGCGCAGAUCACCCGCGACCUUGGUGACUUGGGCGUCGCGCACAGUGUCAUAGCUAGUCACAAGGACUACAUCAUUGACUGGAUUCUACGCGCGAUCAAUGCCGGCGUGCUUACGGAUGAAAAGAUGCCCGUCGAGUCUGCCACCUUGCAGCUGCCCCAGGUGCCACCACCUCGUCCACCAAAGACGCCCGUGAUCGUGACCAGCACGGCCCCGACGCUUGUCCACUCAGUCUCCGUCGGAACGCUUCCUGGUCACCUACGUCCGUCAUCGAUGAGCAGCCCUCCGGAGUACUCUCGCGCACAGUCAAUGAGCGGGGCCCCGCAAAUGGCCCGUUCUGCGUCACCUCCCAUACUAGCGGCCGAAAUAAGGCGUCAACCAUCAGUGUCACCACCGUCCCUGCGGCCGGUCGUGUCGACGGACGUGCUGAACCAUGCGUCCACGAUCAAUAUGGACGAGCCGCCGUCGCCCAUAGAACCAGAGCCUCCAGAGAGCAACAUUUUAUGGAACGCCCAGCGCAUCAGCUACCACUGGAAUCGGCGCGAGUGGCGGCAGGCGCGAGACAACAUCGAGGCCCAGAUCGCGUGCGUCGAGCGCGGCGAGAUCGUCGAUGUGUGCGGCUUCCCGCAGCAGCCUGAUGAGCGCAUCCUCAGGCAUCUGCUCGGUGUCUGCCACAGCCUAUCUGGUGACUUUAUCAAGGCGCGUGAGGCGUUUGAGUCUGUGCUAUCCGGGCCGAAUGUGUCGCAGCUGGUCUUCGAUGAUGGCGACAUUGCCGCGGCGAGAUGGCUCGGCGAGACGUGCAUAAUGUCGAGCCAAGUCGUCAACGCGGCGCUGGCAUGGGCCGUCGCGUAUUACGCUACCUCGAGGAAGAUUCCGCAAGACAAGGCCGCCACACUCCACAUGCUCGAGGACGUACACGAGCUCAACUUGCACACCAGCGGCCUUAUAAUCCUCACAAACGCCUUCACAAACUCGAAUCGAGACGCCAGCACCAUCCUGUCCAACUUGGCCAGUACACACAAGUUCACCAUCGUAACGUCCACGUUGCAAGAUCUGAGCCGGCAUCAGAAAAGUGAGUACGUGCCGCGACGGAUGCAGCAGAACGUUUCCAUCGCUGAGGGCUUUCUCAUCCAGCCCCUGGUGGCGCAAAAGUCCUGGCCACUGCCUCAGGAUCCAUUCUUCCAAGUGAAGAGCUCGAUCAGACUGCUCUUCGAGCUCAGCCGGCCGCGAACGCCGAUCAGCACAACGUCCAUACCGUCUACGUCGUUCGGAAGCUCGAAGAAGCUAGUAUACGUGACAAAGAACUCGAUCGAGUGGCUCGUCGAGGCGAUCCGGUACGCGUUGAACACGUACGCCGUCGAGUGGAAGAUACGGCACUCCGAGUAUUUACUGCGGCUUUCACAGACGCACGACCGCAUCGCCUACUAUGAGUGCUUCGUCAUCAAAUUUCGCAAACUCAGCUUUCGCAACCUGUGGGGCUUCAAGCUCACCGAAAGCGCCUAUGCGACGCGCAAAUUCACGUCGUCGUUCCGCCUCCGCGAGGACGGAACGCCGAGCGCCGUAGUCGCCUCUGCAGAGGAGCCGGCGCGCAAGGAGAAGCUGAGGGCAGAGCUGGCCGAUCGUCUGAAAGAAUACGUGAAGCAGGCAGAGAUUGACCUCGCAAAGGGCAAUUGGCCUCCUCCCGCGGACGAAGAGCUUCAACGCGCCCCAUACGAGGUCGACUCAACACCAUCGAUGCAAAACGAGCUGGGCGAUCACCGCGCUGGCUGGGAGCUUUCGGGACAGAGCGCGGUGCGCCGCAAACCGAUUCACGAGCCGAUGAGCUACGAAAUCGCGGAACUUCCGGGCUGAAAAGAGGCAUUCUAAUGGCCAUGGCAUUUGUCUAUCUGGUCGUCUACUAUCUACCGUCUAGCGCGUGCUACCAAGCUCGCCGUUUGCGGAAUGAUCGUCUAUAGAGAGAAAAAGUAAAGAAAGGAAGAAGACGAGGCAGGCGCCGUCUAUGUAAUGAUGCGAACGUGAUGCGGCGGUGUGCGGAAUGCGGCGCUUGCGUGACCGGGGGGACACGGGGUGUAAUCUACGCAGUCUUCAAGCUCUGCUUGUAAAGACUAUAUCCCUCCGCAGCCGCUUCCUUCACUGUUGUUUUUCCUUCGCUGCAGAUAGCCGUCAGUCCAAAUGUCACCGAAACGGAAAACGUCAAAGCGUAGAAGCGGAAACGUACACAAUGUCCUUGACCUUUG